AUGGAACAACCAACUACAGACUUUGUAGAUAUAGUUAUUAUUUUAGCAAGAGAAGAUCGACUGAAAGAAAAAGAAAAGAAUGAUGAUAACAAUAACAACAGUACUGUCGAGAGUAUCACAAAACAAAGAUUCAAAGACUGUUUAGAGUCUGCACCUAAACAAGUAGUAUCAUGGUUACUCUAUUUAAUUGUAAAUGGUACUUGUAAAAAUAUUAAAGAGAAAUCGGUACAACUCCUUAAUAAACUAUUGAUUAAAAAAGGUGAUGACUUGCUCAAAGAAUUGUUACUGGAGGAUAUAAUGGAGGCUAUCAAGUUUGAGACUGUCGAGUUGUUAAAGACAAAUCUUUCAGUUAGUUUUAUUGGUCAUUUAUUUGGUAUCAUUGAAAAAAUUGCUCUAUUUUUAAUUCCUAGAGGUCUUUGGAAUGAAUUACAACCAUCCUUGGUGGAAAUUGUCAAUCGCGAAGAAGAGGAAGAGGAAGGAUCAUCAUCACCAUUAAAAGAAAAUGCAUUAUCAUUACUAUCACUGCUGUCAAAGUAUGACUUUAAAAAGUCAAAACUAGAUACGUUGGUCAAUGAGAUAAGCUCUGGUGAAUUGUCUGAUGAUCAGUAUCGAUCAUUGCUUCCCGAUCUAUUGUCAACGCUUCCAAUCAUCGAAAAGACUGAAGGAGAAUAUUUUAAAAAGAUUGUAGUUGCUCUAAACAAUAUCUAUAUGGACGAGAAUCCAAAUUGGAUGCAAGAAUUCAUUUUACCAAUCAUUGACACGUUAAUAGAAGUAUUGGAUAUUAAUCGUGAAAAUGGGUUCUCAUCAUCAAACAAGAGUCAGACAAAUACAAAGGGUGUGGUUUAUAAAUUCUUGUUGGAUAUGGUCGAGAAUGAUGAAAACAAUAUUUUUGAACCUUACGCAUUUACCAACAGUCAUCUUGAAAGAAUCUUGUCACAUUUGUACGAAUGGAUGAUUCAAGUUGAGGAUGUAUCAGUGGAAGAGUGGACUGAUAGCGACUACUGUACAGACAAUCAAGGUAUUAUAUUCAACAUAAAUAGCGAGGAAGAAGGUGACCUUGGUAUCCUCAAGACAGACUUUGAUCAACAAAUUCCAGCCGAUUCGAAUUUUGAACGAUUCGUUGGGUUGAUUGGUAACCAUGUCGAAAUACAACAAUCCAUUUACAAUCAAUUCACCAGCCUAGUAAACUCUCAAAAAUGGAAUGAAAGAUAUGCUAGUUUGAUUGCUUUGUCUAAAUUUACUAGAUUUCUAAUUGAUAUUGUUACGCAACAACAUCCAUUUAUUUUAAAUUCAAUAUUUAAAUUAGUUGAAGAUGAAAAUAUAAGAGUUAGAUGGGCAUCUUUACAAUGUUUAAUUCAAUUAUUUAUACAUACGCAAGAGAUGAUUGGUUCAAAAGAAAAGGUAUACCAAGUUUUGAUCAAAUCAAUUUAUGAUGAUCCAAAUGAACGCAUACAAAUUAGUUGUUGUUUGUUACUUCAAACAAUGACAAAUGUAUUGGAAGCAGAUAUGAUAGCAGAUACUGAUUUGCAAGUAUUAUCAAGUUUGUUUGAAAAACUUUUACAAUCACAAAAGUUAUAUGUCGUUGAAAGUGCAUUACCAUCAUUAAUGUCUCUUGCUUCUAUUGCUAAAGAAAGAUUAAAACCUUAUUUUGGAAAUAUUAUUCCAAUACUAUUAUCAGUGUUGGAAAAACAUCAAAGUAUUGCAACAAAAGAAUCAAGAGUAUUAAGGUGUCGUUCAGUUAAAGCAUUUGCUUUGUGUGGUUUGGUGGUUGACAAUAAUACAUUUUCAACAUACUUGAACAAGUUUAUGGUGAUGUUUGUUAAAAAGAAUCAAGGUUCGGUUGAUUUGUCAGUUGAUAUUACAAGAGCAUCAUAUUCAUUUAUUCAAACGGUUGGUAAUGAGUUUGCAGUUUAUUUACCAAUGACUGUCAGGAUGGCUGUCAAUGUACUAGAGAUACCACUACCCGAUCAAGAACAAGACAUGCGUGCAUUAUCACGACAAAAUGUCAAGAAAAUAAUGUCGACCCUCACAGGAAUGAACAACCUCAUUCAGAUUUGUAUGCCAUCACAAUCGACUCUUUUUGGAGACGUGGUCUAUCAACAAUUGGCACCAUUUAUACAUUGUUUGAUUGGUCCAUUAAUCAAGUUGGUUGGGUGUACAGUAAACAACAGAAUUCAACUGUUCUCCCUUGACAAUUUACCCAAAUAUGUAACAAUGUACAAGAUGCAUUAUGGUGCAGGUAGCGACAAGACAAUCGAGAUGUUUGGUAUGGUAGUCGAUUUGGUGGCCACUCCAAGUAUGCUAGAGACCGACUGGAACUUGGUUGAUCAACGAGUAUUAGUGAGCCAUCGAGUUUUCGCUGCAACCAACCUCAUCAAAUUGAUGGACAGCAGCGCUGGUGAUCGUAAUGAAAUGUCAUUGGAUCAGAUUCAAUCAACAGUGGCUCUGUUUUACAAUUUGGACAAAAGAAUACAAGACUUUGUUGAACAGCAGGCCAAUAUUGGCAAUACAGAUUUAAUUGGGGUGGGACUUAUUGUGGUCAGAAACUAUGAGAUGCUUGUUCAGCUGAUCGAGUACAACAGCUCCAUCACCAUACCACUCAUCACCCAAGAUCUAUUGAUUAGGGGAUGUCAUAAAUUACGUGACAAUGAAGGGUCCAAUGCCAUCAAGGCUCUGAUCCUCACAUUUAUGCAUAGUUACUGCAAGUAUGGUGGUGAGUUGGCUAUCAGCUCAUUCCCACAUAUCAUACCUGCCAUUAUCGAGUGUCUGACAUAUACGAAUAACAUCUCACGUAUUGCUGCAUCUACACUAAAAGAGGCAGCUCAAAAUGCUAAAGAUAGAUUCUCACCUUGGGCCAUCGAUGCAUUACUGGGUCUCGACGCCAUUGUCUCCGCGGCAUCAUUAAUGAUGGUACCACGAACCUCCUCCUCCGAUGUUAUCAUCUCUAGCAUCAACACCAUUAUCCAAUAUGUCCCAAAACAACUCACAAGCAAUAUUAAUAUUAAUGUCAGUGACAUCAUUCAAAAAUGUUUGAAUCAUCUUGACAAAGUAUCAAAAUUAAAGAAAAAUCAGCAAGCACAGUUACUUGAUAAAUUAUUUAUAAAAAAACCUUUAAUUAGAUCAUUGCCAAAAGAGAUAUUGGAUGCAGUCAAAUUUGAAACAGUAGAGUUGUUAAAGACAAAUAUUACAAUUGGUUACACAUAUAAUUAUAUUGGUCAUUUACUUGGUAUCAUACUUGCACUCAUUUUAAUACCAAGAGUAGAGGAUGAUGGAUCAUUCAAAGUAUUGACAGAUAAAGUAUACUAUAUUGACAAUAACAAUAAUCCCGAUUAUUUCAAUGAAGAGCAAGACACCAACAAUGCACAGACAGACGAUGAUCAUCAUGCAGGAUAUUUUGAUUUUUUUAAAUCAACCGAUCAAAUAUUUAAAGUGAUUGGAAAAUAUAUUCGUGAUGAUCCAAAUGAAAGAAUCCAAAGUAGUUGUUGUCAGUUGGUUCAAACAAUGAUGUCAUCAUUGAAAAUAGACACCCUUUCUGAUAAUGUAUUAGAGGUAUUAUCAAGUUCAUUUGAAAUACUAUUACAAUCACCAAAUUUAAAUGUUGUUAAACAUGCAUUACUAUCAUUAAAUUCGGUUGUUUUUAUUUUUAAAGAAAAAUUAAAACCUGUAAUCUCUAGCGGACAUGAAGUGAGGAACAAAUCAAGCAUCAUACCAAUCAUCUCUAGAGUCUUUUCGUUAUUCACACCAUGGAUUAUCGAGGCGUUACAAGCCUUUGACAUUAUGGUCUCUAUGCCACUGUCAGACUCUGAUGAUGAUGAUGCCAAAAUGGUCAUAGAAAAGGCAGUCUCGAUGAUUGAUACACCAAAUCGUCAAUCAAUACCUACAUUUGAACACCUCCAAUCAAAAAGAGAAAGAGUUGCUCUCACAAACCUUAACAUUAAUCAAAGAUACUUUACAAUCAAAUUGGAUAAUCAAGACCUAGAUUUGUUAUAUCUGAAAUGUCACUUUAUUGAUUUUCUCGAUGAAACCUGUUUAUUUAUCAAAGAAUUAUUACAACAGUCGAAUAAGGAUAGUGUUCCAACAGAGACAUGA